GUUCAUUUUUAGUAUAUAUACACCAAAGAUUCGUGCGAUGAACUUAGUCUAUAAAAGUCUAUAAUAGCUGAAAACAUCACUUAAAACUUCUAAUUAUUUUCAAGAAGAAAACUGAAUUUCGUUUCGGAAAUCGAUUAUUUUUAAAAAGUUAAAUCAGUUUGAAUUUCUGAGGUUUUGUUCUUAAAAUCUAAAAAUGAGAAAAAUAUUGUGUUUGCUGACAUUUGUUGUUUACGUAACUGCUGACAUUGGUAUAACGGGGCAAAAUCAAUAUUUACCACCAAACAAAGGCUACAAUUAUGAGCGACCCAAUAUCCCAUUUGGAUCUGCUCCAGCUCCACAAACAGUAAUACCACCAAGACCAUUACCAUCUCCCGGAUACCUUCCUCCUAGUGGUCCAUCUAUCUCUACAGAUCAUCAUCACCAUGAACCAGGAAUGCCUUUUGAUUUUGCUUAUUCAGUGAGUGAUUAUCAAUCUGCAAACCAACAAUCACAUAAAGCAACAAGCGACGGCGAUAUUACACGCGGAGAAUACAGAGUGAAUUUGCCUGAUGGUCGCAUUCAAGUUGUAAGAUACACAGCAGACUGGAAAAAUGGGUACAAUGCUAUGGUAACAUACGAACCAAGUUCAAGUCCAUCUCAAGGUCUAUAUGGUGCACCUAGCAACAAUGCUCCAAAUCAAGGAUAUAUUUAUUAGGAAAAAGAACAGGACAAACAUAUAUGUUUCAUAUUAAUAAAGAAAUAAACUGAUAAC